AUGGCUGCUCCAAAACGCCCACUGGAGGGCGAUUCCGCCAACCGACCGGCGAAAAAGUCUAAACCUGUGCACACCUCACCCACAAAGGUCACGGAAAAAGCAUCAUCAAAGCCCAAGCCAAAAGCACAGGGAGGCGUCCCUUCGAUGAAACCAGCAUUUUUGCAAAAGAGCUUGCUCGUUGCGGAGGAAGUGAACUUCCCGAGAGGGGGAGGGACGACGCUUACCGCACACGAGGUGAAAGAAGCCCGGGAGGAGGCGAAGCGUGAAAUAAAGGAGGCUGAGGAGAAGACAUUGAAGAGGAAGAGGAAGUCGUCAAUGAAAGGCGGUGAGGUGAAGGCUGAAUCAGCAGGUACAAGAGUGGAGCAUAUGAAUUACAAGAGGCUCAAUCCCGGCACUAGGCUCUUAGGCCAAAUCACCACCAUCUAUCCUUUGCAUCUUAUCCUUUCUCUACCUAAUCAGUUGGUUGGCUACGUCCCCAUCACCGGAAUCAGCGCCCAACUAACGACUGAACUGGAGAAAGAAGAUGCACGAUUUACUUCUGCCGCUGAGGGGGAAGAUGAGGACAUGGAGGAACGAGAGGAGGAGGAAGGUGCCCCAGAGCUGGCAAGCAUCUUCCAUGUCGGGCAGUAUGUGCAGGCGUGCGUUGUUAACGUACGUUCUGCUGGGACGCGCGCCGCCCCUGAGCUCGAAAAGCCGAAGAAUGAGAUGGAAGCUAUGGCGCGAAGAGUGGAGUUAACCCUCGUCCCGGAGGUGGUGAACGAGGGUGUCGUCAUCAAAGACCUGGUGAAAGGAUUUAUGCUUCCAGGAGCAAUAAAAAGCGUAGAAGAUCAUGGCUACUCUGUUGAGCUGGGGAUCCCUCACCUCUCAGGUUUCCUGCCUUUCACAAACACGCCGCCUUCCUCCUCCCGGCUCUCUCCAGGUCAUCUCCUAACGUGCACCGUCUCCGAGGUUCCCGCCAGCAAACGGAUAUGUACACUCACAAUCCAGCCUUCCCAAAAAGAGGAAGUACUAGACCAAGUAUCGAACGUUACUUCCCUUCUCCCCGGCACGCUUGUCAGGGGGCUGAUAACCGCCUCCGUGACCUCGGGUCUCAACCUGCAAAUCCUUGGAUUUUUCGAGGGGACGAUCGACCUCACCCACCUGCCGAAAGAUCCUGCUUUAUAUAAAGUGGGGACGAAGCUAAAGGCACGUGUGCUCUGGCAUUUGCCCGGGUCCAGCCCCCCAAAGUUUGCGCUGUCGGCUCUGCCGCAUGUGGUUGACCUAGCUGCGCCAGAGGUGGAUGGGGUGUCCACACAGGAGAAGCAUCCGUAUGGGGAGAUCUUACAUGGUGUGAAGGUCGUCAGGGUCGAGGCAGAAUGGGGCCUGUCGGUCGUACUGGACGACGAGGAGACGCGGGGCUUUGUACAUAUCGCUAACAUAUCAGACGAACACAUCCCCGCCCUCUCCGCCACAUCCGGAGCGUGGAAAGUCGGCACCAAACAUGACGCCCGAGUUCUAGGUUUCUACGCCCUAGACGGCCUACUCCGGCUAUCGCUCAAGCCCUCCCAGCUCGAGCGCCGCUUUGUCCAGACGGGCGACUUCACCCCUGGCGAGAUCGUCAAGGGUGCGAUUGAGAACCUGACUGAUGUAGGGAUGUUUGUUGAUGUCGGAGGGGAUAUCAGUGGGCGGGUAGCCCUGGAUCAGCUGGCGGAUAUUGAGUUAAAGCAUCCAGAGAAGAGGUUCAAAGCGGGGGCCAGUGUCAAGUGCCGUAUCCUUGCAGUGGACCCGGAACAUGGCCGCCUAACCCUUACGUGCAAGAAGAGCCUGUUGUCCUCGGAUUUGCCAAUCAUCGCCAAGCUGGACGACGCCAAGCAGGGAAUGGUCGCCGAUGCCGUCGUAUCAAAGGUUCUUCCCAGCGGGGCAUUGGUGAUGUUGUAUGGUGGUGUGAAAGGCUUUGUCCCCAUACGGGAGGCGAGUGAGGGAUACAUCAAAUCGGUCGACGAGAUCCUCAAGCCUGGUCAGGCGGUCAAGGUCAAGGUGCUCUCAGUCAAUACCGAAGAAGGCAACAUCCUCGCCAGUCUUCGGCAAGCACAGCCCAGCUACCAGCCCGCAGCGCCCGGAGUUGAUGUGGAAGACAUCGCCGUUGGGAGCAACGUAGAAGCAGAGAUCAAGGACGUCCAAGCCAUCAACGUCGUGCUUUCCAUCCAGCCUGGUGGUCAGACCGCUCUUCUCUCUUUGGCAAACUUGGCAAACCGCCGCAACACUACCGUUGAGGCGCUGCGCCUCUCCCUUGUUCCUGGAACUGUGUUGUCCGACCUUGUGGUUGUUUCCAAGAACCCGGAGAAACGAAUCGUCAUUCUCGCUGUCACAUUACCUGGCAGCAACGCCGGUCCAUCCUCUUCUACGGCAAUUUCUUGGAAGACACUUCACGUUGGUCAAAUUUUGCUUGGGCAAGUCAUAGGCGAGAAGAACGGAUCUACCUCUGUUCGACUGUCACAAUAUCUAAUCGGUCGACUGCAUCCCCUGGAUCUGACUGAUAAUCUCGAGAACGGAAUUGUUUUCCCCAGAGCUGGGUCAGCUCUCAAGGUUGCAGUGGUCGGUGUAGACCCCCACGCUCGGACACUCGACUUGUCAACACGACCAUCACGGCUGAACCCGGAGUCUCACCCGCCCAUCGUCGAUCCUGAAAUCACGUCCCUGGAUAACCUCCAGGUUGACGACAAGGUUGGAGGUGUUGUAAAGAAUAUUUCCGACUCCGGGUUGUUCGUUUCCCUUGGACGGAACAUAACAGCACGUGUGCAGAUCAAGGAGUUAUUUGACGAGUUUGUGAAGGACUGGCAGACGCGAUUCAGCGUCAACCAAGUUGUCAAGGGCAAGAUCACACAUGUGGACCAUGAGAAAAACCGAGUCGAUAUGAGCAUGCGUUCUGGUGUGCGAAAGCACCAUAAGUCUUCCGGCAAAGAGGAUAAACUGAGGCACAUGAAAGACUUCGAAAAGAGACAGAAGGUCACGGGCAAGGUGACCAGCAUCACCAAGUACGGUCUGUUCAUCUUGAUCGAUGAUUCGGAUGUCAGCGGGCUGUGCCAUCAUUCAGAGCUCUCAGACACCAAGCAGGGUGACGUUCAAGUCGCGCUGCAAGGCUUCCGGGUAGGGGAUACUGUCAAAGCUGUGAUUUUGUGGAUAAAUGAAGAAACGAAGAAGGUUUCACUUGGUCUCAAGCCAUCUUAUUUCACGGCUGAGGACUAUGAAACGGCGGAUACCCCUGAUGACCAGCUCGAGGCAUCAAAGGAAGCAGGUGAGAGUGAGGAUGAGGAUGAGAACACGACCUCCUGGGCAGGAAUAGGCGAAGGAGGAAAAACCGACAUGGAUGAAGACGGGGCUGCGAGCUUCCUAGGAUUUGACGAUGUAGCUGAAGAAGAGGCUGAAAGUGAAGAUGAUGUCAUCAUUCUUAGCGGCGAUCAUGGCUCUAAGUCUUCAGCGGCCCCAGCCAAGAAGUCAAAUCCUGCAACUACUUCUGCACCAACACUCCAAUUAUCUGGAGGAUUCCAAUGGUCUCACACUGUGGAUGACGAGGCGGAGGAAGAUGCACCAGCGAACGAAUCUGAUGUUGAAAGUGAAGCGUCCGAUAGCCAUCCGAGAAAGAAGAAGAAACGGGGCCACCAAAUAGAGGAAGAUCUCACGCUGGCUAUGCAAGAACGUACUCCAGAAUCCGUUGCAGAUUUUGAACGGCUCUUACUCGGCUCCCCUAAUUCGUCCUUCCUAUGGAUUCAAUUUAUGUCCUUUUACUUGCAACUGUCAGAUGUCGACAAUGCGCGAGAAAUUGCGAAGCGAGCACUGAAGGUUAUCAAUUUCAGAGAGGAACAGGAGAAGAUGAACGUGUGGAUCGCUCUUCUCAACUUGGAGAACACUACUGGCACCGAGGAAAGCCUAGAGAAGACCUUUCAAGACGCUACACGAGCGAAUGAUUCGAAGGCUAUACAUCUGCGUAUGGCUACUAUCUUCGACGAGAGUGGCAAGCCAGAGAAAGCGGAAGAUAUGCAUAAGCGUGCCGUCAAGAAGUUCAACGAGAGUACAACAGUAUGGACAUCUUUCGGUCAUCACUACAUGUCGCAGGGCAAGCUGGACGAGGCACGUGAACUCCUUCCGCGCAGCUUGAAGAGCCUUGAAAAGCGAAAGCACAUCGAGACUAUCCUCAAAUUCGCGCAAAUGGAAUACGAACUGGGGGAGCCAGAACGUGGCAAGACCUUGUUCGAAGCUAUUGUCGACUCACAUCCUAAGCGCCUGGACCUCUGGUUUGUGUACGUCGAUAUGGAGGCCAAGCAAGGCGAUCUGCAGACGGUCCGGAAGCUGUUUGAUCGUAUGCUUGCGCUCAAGCUGAACACGUUCAAGGCCAAGUCUGUGUUCAAGAAGUGGCUAGAGUUAGAGAAGCGGCUUGGCGAUGAGGAGGGCCAAGAGCACGUGAAGGCACGGGCGGUUGAGUGGAUGCAAAACAACUCGUGA